UUGAUUUAUUGCAGAUGUGGAGCACAUUCAAAAUCAGCGCAAAGAGGACGACACAGCAGAGAUUUAUCGCCACUUCAAUGGGACGCCUUCUUUGAUAAGAAGAUAUUUGUGGAUGUUGGUGAAGAUAAAUUUUGUGUCUACCUGAAAGGUGACAACGGACCUGUUUUUUAUUUGCUGCAUGGUGGUGGCUAUUCGGGCUUAACAUGGGCGUGCUUCACGGUAAGAAUAUCAUUUUGA